AUGAUUGUACUGAAGAACGAGUUGAAGCUAACUCUCCCGUUGAAGCUAACUGUCCUGUUGACGCUAACUCCUGUUGAAGCUAACUCUCCUGUUGAAGCUAACUCUCCUGUUGAAGCUAACUCUCCUGUUGAAGCUAACUGUCCUGUUGAAGCUAACUCUCUCGUUGAAGCUAACUCUCCUGUUGAAGCUAACUUCUCCUCUAACUCUCCCAUUGAAGCUAACUCUCUCGUUGAAUCUAACUCUCCCGUUGAAGCUAACUCUCCCAUUGAAGCUAACUCUCCUGUUGAAGCUAACUCUCCCGUUGAAGCUAACUCCUCCGUUGAAGCUAACUCUCCCGUUGAAGCUAACUCUCCGUUUGAAGCUAACUCUCCCGUUGAAGCUAACUGUCCCGUUGAAGCUAACUCUCCUGUUGAAGCUAACUGUCCCGUUGAAGCUAACUGUCCUGUUGAAGCUAACUCUCCUGUUGAAGCUAACUCUCCCGUUGAAGCUAACUCUCCUGUUGAAGCUAACUGUCCUGUUGAAGCUAAACUCUCCUGUUGAAGCUAACUCUCCCGUGAAGCUAACUCUCCUGUUGAAGCUAACUGUCCUGUUGAAGCUAACUCUCCCGUUGAAGCCUCUGUUGAAGCUAACUCUCCUGUUGAAGCUAACUCUCCUGUUGAAGCUAACUCUCCUGUUGAAGCUAACUGUCCUCUAACUCCCGUGAAGCUAACUCCCGUUGAAGCUAACUCUCCCGUUGAAGCUAACUCUCCCGUUGAAGCUAACUCUCCCGUUGAAGCUAACUCUCCCGUUGAAGCUAAACUCUCCCGUUGA